AUGGUUUUGUUGAAGAACCUCCGGCCUCCCACCGAGGGAGUUCGCCUCCAGCAGGCCGACACGACCGCAGUGCUGGACGGACAAAAGCUGGGCAACGGGACGCUCUACAUCGCUGAAACUCGUCUGUCCUGGUUCGAUGGUGCCGGUUUGGGUUUCUGUCUGGAGUAUCCUACCAUCGGCCUGCACGCCAUCUCCAGAGACGUCAGCGCGUACCCCCAAGAGCAUCUCUAUGUAAUGGUCAACGGAAAACUCAGUGAGGAGAACAAUGCUGAAAUGGCGGAGAAGGCAGCAGAUGAAGCGGAUGAUGGAGUGGGUAGUGAGGAGGAAGAUGAUAAUGAGGGUGGAGAUGAUGGAGAGGAAGGUGGUAUCACAGAGAUCCGAUUUGUGCCCGGUGACAAAGCAGCAUUGGAGUCCAUGUUUGCGGCCAUGUGCGAGUGUCAGGCGCUGCAUCCCGAUCCCGAAGAUGAUGACUCUGACAAUGAUUUUGAAGGCGAAGAGUACGAUGUCGAGGAGGCUGAAGCUGAGCAUGGCCACGCCGACAUCCCCACCUUUUACACGUGCGACGAGGGUCUAUCUGCGCUGACCCAGGAGGGCCAAGCCACACUGGAACGGUUGGAGGGCAUGUUGGCGCAGAGCGUGGCGCAGCGCUACCACAUGGGUGGCGUACGCACCCAGCAGGGCAUGGAUGCACAGUGCGACGAUGGAAUGGAGGUGGAUGCCGAGGCGGAAGCAGGGCAAUUUGAGGACGCGGACGUCGACCACUGGUCAGUCACAGACAUGCACACACUAUAUGCACCAAUAGGCGGGUCGCGCUGA